UGUUGUUGCUGGCCAGCACAUGGCUGAGGCAAUGAGCAGACUCAUUACGUUCGGUACCUCGUGGUAGAUGCAACAUGGCGGACCUGGUAAAAUAUACUCGGCGUGAAAGAUAUAUGGUCCGUAUGUUCAACUACAUAUUGUUCAAGGCCGAGGUGAGGUCAAAAGAAGAGUGGAGCGCUGACUUUUUCAUCGUUUAUACGACCAUCUUGGAGAGGUACAGCAAAAACGGCCUGACGGACGAGAAAUGGACCGAGGAACGCGACCGCAUCCCUGACGACAAGGCGAGGAAGGUGCCGAGGCGUUUGGGCGGUCCUGAUGAGAUUAAUGGUGAGAACGGUGCAGGACCUGAGGUAACCCAAGGCAUGUACAAGGAAACCCUGUUCCACCUCCAGUGUUUCAUCUACGAGGGAAUCGACUGCUUGGACGACCUGAGAGCGGAGGUUAAUCGGAUAUCCUUCAGUGCUUGUCACAUAUUUUGGGAAGUGGGGAAGAGGAUUACCACGAUCCUUCCAUUUGAAAUCGAACCGAAGGGAGUGCUCACCGACAAUGAGGAGGUUGUUGGUACGGCGAGGGGGAUGAAGAUACGGGCAACCAUUCUUGAUAUGUCAACAUCACCGAAAUGUGUUCGGUGGGAUGAUGACGCCUUUUGCAAACUGUACGCUUUCCUCAUGACAUGCUGUGGUGAAAACUGGGCCUUGAUCAUUUUCGCGCCGAUGAAACACAAGAAACAGGUGAUGCAGAGUGUGUACAACCGGGAUGAUGUUGAGGUGCUCACAGGGUCAUGGUACAGACACUAUACACCUUCGACAACCUUGAACAAGUACGACAACAUUGCAGUUCGGUACACUGGCAUGAUGGUUAUUGUCCUCCACGCCGAGAACGACAAUUUGGACAAUAUAACGGUUGAGCUGAAAUUACGAGCCGAGUUGACAAAUUUGAACGUUGAAGAGGGUGAAUUUGUGAGGUGCUCCGGGGAGUGUAUCGGCGUGGAGGGCGACACUGACGCGGUUUAUUCUUGGACGGAACGAGAGCCAGCACGUCUCCGAAAACUGUGCAACUCGUUCAUCAGGGAAGACGAUGGUGUGAUGUUGUUGGGCAGGGCGCAUGCGGGACUGAUUUGGGAACUCGCUCACGCCGGACACCACGUGUUUGCGUGUGACGGCACGACAAAAGAGCUCACAUAACUUUCCAAGUUCUUGGAGUUUUAUGUGAAGGAUCCGAUGAACAAAUGCAGGUUCGAAAA